AUCACAGUUCGUUCGCGUGUAUUGCCGAUUACGUACGAUUCCGACAACGCGCCAGUAUAUGGGUAGCCCACGACUGUCGCAUCCUGAUUAACCAGCUAUGCGCAUUGUUCAGGAUGCAUCUCACACAGUACAGCUACAUUGAUCGUGGCCUGGGAAAUAUCUUCGUGACUGGAUUCGUGCUAUUGCGCAUGUGGCAGGUCGAUCGUUUCAAGUCCCUCAGAUGGAAACGAAUCAGAAAGUUCGAGCUUAAAACCUUGGCGUCGACACUACUCUUGUUAUCCCUCGCCGCCAUCCUCGCGUACGACUCCUUGGCAUCCUAUGUCAAAUAUAAGGAAGGAUACAAAGUUUCCGUGGAUGGUGAUGGCGCAUACACGGUAGCAGUUAAACCUCUAGCCACCUACGAUGCGGAAGACCGCAAGCUUGUCCACGUUGCUGACGUUCUUCUCGACAUCGCGUGGUGUACCAAAUCGUGCGCGUACUUUGUCAUGUAUGCGAUCUUCGGCGAAAUCAGCGCAGGGGUACUACAUCAAAGCAUGAUUUCUAUCCUGGAAGCACGCAUACUUCUCGCACACAGCAUGCUGAGCUGUGCCCUGUUCAUUGUACUUCCUUGGAUAUUCGCACACGAUUUAGUCCUGGCGACCGUCGCGCCUCAGUUCAUCUAUCACGCUGAAUGCUUCAUUCUGAUUACGUUGGGCCUCGUCAACAUUCGACGGUUUCGAAGUCAUCGGCGCGAUUUGCUUGAUCCCGGCUCAAAACAGCUGUUAUGGUAUUAUAUCGACAUGACUUGGUUGUUCGUUACCGCGCUCUUUCUGGAUUCGGUCGCAUUAUUUGUGAUCAACGUGGACGUUGUCAGUCGGAAGGCGCUGGUGGGCAGCGUCCUCGCUACCGACAUACUGACGAAAAUAUUCAACUGGGGCUCUGUGCUGUCGUACCCAGUGGCAUUCAUGAUUAUGUUCCCGAAGAGCACAACACAUUCCGUUCCGCCGAAGCACAAAGUGUCGGUCUCCGACAUCGUGCGCCGAAAAAGCGCCGACCCGUCGGCCUGCAUCGCGAUGCCAAUGAUCGAGGAAAAUCAAGAGACGCAAGGUAUCCUGAUACUGAACACCAGAAACGUGGAUGCAGAGAUCGGUCUAUCAGCACCAGUCUUUUCCGAAGGUCAACCAAGAUAUUCCCAAGUCAAGUAUACUUAACGGGUCCCCGGCCUCCUCACCCACCUCCUCCUACGCCGACAUCUC